GGAUACCCCCAGUGGGGACACAGGGGCAAAGAGACGCCUUCAGGGGCGGAAACCCUGGGAGGCAUAUACACCGCCCCAGACGGAGAGCGCCGCCCAGAGUGGGACGAGAACAGACGGUCAGAGGACAACGCCCCCCCAGGUCGCCUGGAAGACCCCGGAGCGACCCCGGGGGCGGCAUGGAGCGUGCGUGGGCCAGGGCAACCCCUCUUUGGUUGGGGGCGAUGGAGACACGGACCCCGCGGGGCCUCCUCCUUCUCUUCCUCUUCCUCCCGCUGCUGCCGCCACGCGGCGCCUCCGCCGGGAGCCUGCACAGCCCAGGCCUGUCCGAGUGCUUCCAGGUGAAUGGCGCCGACUACCGCGGCCACCAGAACCGCACGGGGCCGCGCGAGGCCGGCCGCCCGUGCCUGUUCUGGGACCAGACGCAGCAGCACAGCUACAGCAGCGCCAGCGACCCCCAGGGCCGCUGGGGGCUGGGCCCGCACAACUUCUGCCGGAACCCCGACGGCGACGUGCAGCCGUGGUGCUACGUAGCCGAGACGGAGGAGGGCAUCUACUGGCGCUACUGCGACAUUCCCACGUGCCACAUGCCUGGAUACCUGGGCUGCUUCGUGGAUUCCGGGGCACCCCCCGCCCUCAGCGGCCCCAGUGGCACCUCAACGAAGCUCACGGUCCAGGUGUGCCUUCGCUUCUGCCGCAUGAAGGGCUACCAGCUGGCGGGCGUGGAGGCUGGCUACGCCUGCUUCUGUGGCUCUGAAAGCGACCUGGACCGGGGACGCCCGGCCCCAGCUACCGAUUGUGACCAGAUUUGCUUCGGCCACCCGGGCCAGCUGUGCGGCGGCGACGGCCGUCUGGGCAUCUACGAAGUGUCCGUGGGCUCCUGCCAGGGCAACUGGACCGCUCCUCAGGGCGUCGUCUACUCCCCGGACUUCCCGGACGAGUACGGGCCGGACCGGAACUGCAGCUGGGCGCUGAGCCCGCCGGGCGCCGCGCUGGAGCUCACCUUCCGCCUCUUCGAGCUGGCCGACCCGCGCGACCGGCUGGAGCUGCGCGACGCCGCCUCGGGCAGCCUGCUCCUUCCUAGCACCCAGGAAGGGGCUUGA